UUGGUCACCUUUCUCAGCUGAUUUACUUUUCUCAUACAUAUUAGUCCAUCCGUUCAAUCUUUCAUCUACUUAUAAAUUCAUGUAUUAAUGACUUCUAGAACGUCCUAUUAAACCCUGCUUGCACGUGGCGCAACCUCUAUCCCCCAGUUUGACUGAUGGAAUGAGAGAGGUGGUUACUGUUCCAAAUUUUUCACACUGGAUGAGGAAACUGAGCCCCAGAGAGGUUAAGUGACUUGGCCACAAACAGCUAGCGAGGUGGAGCCAGCACUCAAACCCAGUCUAGGAGCCAUGUCCACCUUGUUCCCCUCACUCUUCCCCCGUGUGACUGAGACACUGUGGUUUAAUCUGGAUCGACCUUGUGUGGAGGAGACAGAGCUGCAGCAGCAGGAACAGCAGCAUCAGGCCUGGCUCCAAAGCAUUGCAGAGAAAGACAACAACCUGGUACCUAUUGGCAAGCCAGCCUCAGAGCACUAUGAUGAUGAGGAAGAGGAGGAUGAAGAUGAUGACGAGGAUAGUGAAGAGGACUCAGAAGAUGAUGAAGACAUGCAGGACAUGGAUGAGAUGAAUGACUAUAAUGAAUCACCAGAUGAUGGAGAAGUCAAUGAGGUGGACAUGGAAGGCAACGAACAGGAUCAGGACCAGUGGAUGAUCUAGGUAGACAAGGCAGAGUGGCGAUUCCAGGCCAGCCCAACCUACCCUGCAUCCCCAGCUCCAACUUCUCAGUCCACAGAACUAGCUGAUGGUCCCAGUACCUGAAGGCUCACCUUUGCGCACGUCCUUGUCUGUUGUCAGGACCUGAUCUUGAUACCUCCGCCCCAGACCAUCAGUCUGCCCUUGAAUCCCCAGACCUGAGCCUAUCCCAUCUUCCUGGCCAGUACCUCACCCCUUGGUUGCCAGGUUUGGUAUCUUUCUAACCCUUGUUAAUAAAGACACAGGACUGA